CCUUUUUUUGGGCGAGUUGUCUGUACUUCGCUCACUCCCAAUCUCAUCCCCUCUCCUUCUCUCUCACACCAGCGCUUGAACCCUAACCACUCACCGCCAUCAACAUCGCCUUAGGUGCUACUCGUUGCCAUACCACCCAUAUUGCCUUCUUCCAUCUGUUUCGAAUUUCUUCCUGCGCUGCUGCUGGAUACCUUCUGUCUUACCUUAUAUCGAAAUCUGAAAACCAUGGCUGAGUUGGUGGCUGGAGCGUUGCUUACGUCUUCCAUUCAGUUGGCUCUUGAAAGAUUGGCUUCUUGUGACAUUCUUGACUUCUUCCGUGUCCGAAAGAUCCAGGAUGGCUUCUUGCUGAAAAGACUUGACAUUACCCUUAAUUGCAUCGACAAAGUUAUUGAAGAUGCUGAGGAAAGGCAAUACAGAGAUCCCCCUGUGAAGCGUUGGCUUGAUGAGCUUAAGGAUGCUGUGUUUCGGGCUGAGGACCUGAUGGAUGAGAUUGCUACUGAGGCCUCUCGACAGAAGCUGCAACUGCAAUUUCAUCCCGCAACUGACGAAGCUGAUAUCUAUGGUCGUGAUGCUGAUAAAGAGAGAAUAAUAGAGAUAUUACUAUCACCGAACAUGGGUGGGAACCAAGGACCCGUAGACGUGAUUGCCAUUGUCGGCAUGGGUGGGGUGGGGAAGACAACCCUCGCACAUCUUGUAUACGAAGACCAAAGGAUGAAAAAUAAAUUUCAGCACAGGGCUUGGGCGUGUGCUUCAGAAGAAUUUGAUGUUGUUCAAGCUACAAAGGCAAUCCACCAAGAACUCAAUUGUUCCACUGCAAAAUCAGAUGACUUGACCUCGUAUCAAUGUCAACUAAAUGAGAAAUUGAUGGGUAAGAGUUUUUUUCUUGUUCUUGACGAUGUAUGGAAUGAGAAUCGUCAAAUUUGGGAGGCCUUCCGAACUCCUUUCAAAGAUGCAGCUCAAGGAAGUAAGAUUCUUAUAACAACCCGUUAUAUAAAGGUAGCAGAAGUCAUGCACUCUUCCCUUACAUAUCCUUUGAAACCAUUACAAGUUGAAGAUUGUUGGAAAUUAUUUGUAAAACAUGCAUUUAAUGGCCAACAUCAUGGUGAAGAUAAAAAUUUUGAAUCGAUUGGUAGACAAAUUGUUGAGAGGUGUCAAGGAUUACCUUUAGCAAUAAAAACAUUGGGAAGUUUGUUGUAUACUGAACAUUCUUGUCAAUAUUGGGAUAAGAUUUUGCAUAGUGAUAUCUGGAAUUUAUCAGAGGAUGAUAGCAAUAUAAUACCAUCUUUAAGAUUGAGCUACCAUUAUUUACCUUCAAAUCUUAAGUGUUGUUUUGCUUAUUGCUCCAUCUUCCCUAAAGGUUAUGUCAUAGACAAGGAUGUUCUAAUCCAAUUAUGGAUGGCAGAAGGUUUAUUGCAUUCCAAUCAAACAAGAGGGAGCAUUGAAGAAGUGGGCAAGGAAAUUUUCAACUCUUUGAAGUCAAGGUCAUUUUUUGAAGCAUCAAAAGAAGGCAAUAAAUACAUCAUGCAUGACCUUUUAAAUGACUUGGCAAAAUCUGUGAUGGGUAAGUUUUGUCUACGGCUAGAGGGUGAUUGGGCCCAAGAAAUUUCUAGGGAGACUCGUUACAUUUCAUUCCCAACCUAUGAUAUCAACAACUUAAAGGAUAUUUCCCUGUGCCACCAAUUACGUUGCUUCCUCAAAUUCCAAAAUGGUUUUGUAAAAGGACCAACAAGGCACUAUAAGCAAGAGAAAGAUAAAUUGUUCAGUGUGUUUCUUCAUCUAAAAUACAUGCGGGCAUUAUCUUUGAAUGGAAGUUGCAAUGUUGAAGGGUUGAUAAAUAAUAUUAACAAUUUGAAGCACUUGCGUUAUUUAGAUCUUUCUGAGAGUAGAAUUAUGAAGUUGCCAGAUUCAAUUUGCUCAAUGAUUAAUUUGCAGACUCUGAAAUUAAAAAAUUGCUCCCUCUUGAGAAAGUUGCCAUCAAAGUUGUACAAACUCAUUAACUUGCAUCAUCUUGAUUUGGAAAAUUGUGUCAUAGAGAAGACCCCCAAAUUCAUGGGACAACUCAAGCAUCUCCGGACAAUGACUCACUUUGCUGUGAGGAAACAUGAAGGAUAUGAUCUAAAAGAAUUAGGAAGCCUAAAUCAUUUAAGGGGUACAUUAACUAUUUUGAAUCUAGAGAACGCAAGCGAUCCUAUGAAUGUUCAAGAGGCCAAUUUGAAAGAGAAGCAUUUGGAUAAACUAGAUUUGAAAUGGAGAUGGAUUCCAGAUCGCAAAGUGCCACAAGAACAGGAAGAGUGCAUAUUGAAGGCUCUUAAACCAAGUUAUAAUUUAAAACUGCUAUUUAUUGAAUGCUAUGGGGGCGUUAGAUUUCCGGAUUGGUUGGGUGAUCCUCAUCUCAACUUAGUAUCUUUAUGUUUGUUGAGUUGUACAUUUUGUGUCAACUUGCCACCACUUGGGCAACUACCUUUCCUUGAGAAACUUAGCAUUGGGGGAUUUGAUAGAAUAACGGUGAUUGGUCCAGAGUUUUAUGGCAGUGGCUCCUCUACUACUCCCUUUCAAUCCCUUUCACAGUUAAGUAUUUGCGAAAUGAAACAAUGGGAAGAAUGGAAUAUCAGCUAUGAAGGUGCUAGUUUUCCCCGUCUUCAAGAGCUUUUUAUAUGUGAUUGUCCGAAGUUGAAGAUGCCCUUACCUCAGCACCUUCAUUUAAAAAGGUUAGAAAUUCAUGAGUGUCCCAAUCUAAAGACUCCAUUCCCCAAGGCCUCUACUAUGGAAGAGCUAUGUCUACAAGAUUGUGGGAAGUUGUCAGUAAGACAAACCAGCAUGGUGCUUGACGGAAGUGCUUCUACCUCUUCGUGUUCAGGCAUAGAAUCACUUGCCUGAGGAUGGCUUUCCUAUUGCCUUUAUGAAUUAAGAAUAGAUAAAAAAUGAUCUAUUGCCUUGUUACGUAGCGGCAUGCCGCUAGCCCUUCUUGGUGUUCGAUCGCGGGUUUGAUUUUUCAUGCAGCCUCUUGUGAUCCAAAAUUAAAAUGUCCAUUGCUCAUAGAGGACAAGAUUUCCUAAAAGUUUUCACAUCCCUCGUGUAUGCGUCUGCUGAAAACUGAUUGAAGAUCACACUGGCUUCAUGUGGACUUUCUCUUGAUAACACUUGAAAUUUGUUUGUUAUAUUAGGUAACUUUGUGUGAUAAAUGGCCUCUUUUUAUUUAUUUAUGAAAAUGACCUUUUGAGUAAUUUGUUUUAUACAAUUAAGUACAAGUGUUUCUUAAUCAAGAUUUUAAUUAGAUCAAAGGUGAUUUUUAACCUAGCCUCCUGAGGCUAAGGCUAGUCUAGGUAGUAAGGGGUGGAAGGAGGUGUGGAUAAAGCUUCAGGCUUCAAAAUCACACGAUCUAACCUAGAAAAGAAGUCUAUCUUUAAGCGCACAAUGUUUCUGUUGGUAAUUAAGAUUUUGUAAUAAUAAGAACCCCUGUUUGGCUCAA